AAACACGUUCUCCCGCGAAAAUUGUCUAUAAGGCUUCGCUAAUCAUUUAACACAGCAUUUGGCAGCCAGCGGAUUAUGGCUAACUAGAUUAUAGCAACAUAAUGUAUAGAUAGGUAUUCUAAAACACAACAAGGUUUUGAGAAAAGUGGGAACUAGAUAAUGUUCUGUGAAAAGGCAGUGGAACUCGUUAGAGAACUUCACCGGAUGAGUGAUGGCCAGUUACCCGCUUUUAAUGAGGACGGUAUUCGACAAGUGCUUGAAGAAAUGAAAGCGUUAUAUGAGCAGAACCAAAGUGACGUUAAUGAAGCCAAGACCGAGGGCAAGAGUGAACUCAUACCAUCCAUCAAGUUCCGUCACUGCUGUUUGCUGAGGAACCAGCGCUGCAUUACAGCAUACCUUUAUGACCGCCUCCUACGGAUCCGUGCUCUCAGGUGGGAGUAUGGAAGUGUGUUACCUACAACAAUUCGGUUCCACAUGUGUGCAGAGGAGGUGGAGUGGUUUAAUCAAUACAAGAAGUCUUUGGCCUCCUACAUGAGGUCACUUGGAGGGGAAGAAGGACUGGACAUAACACAAGACAUGAAACCUCCCAAGAGUCUGUAUAUUGAGGUGCGGUGUUUGAAAGACCACGGAGAGUUUGAAAUUGAUGAUGGUACAGUUAUUCUAUUGAAGAAAAAUAGCCAGAUUGUGAUUAUUUCCUGAAGACAAUGUAGAAGCUCCUAAUUUGCUAGGUAAAAACAGUUAAAAACCUAUUUGUUUGUUGAGCUAAUGACUGUAUUCAUGAAUUUACAUGUAAAAUGAAAAUGUAAAUUUCUGACCAUGUGGGCAUUACGGAAACACUGAAUUCAGUGAUUCAUCAGCUUGAUGUGGUUAUUGAAUGCAAGGCAUAUUGGACCAAGCACCAAUUUUUAUAGUACUUCAACUCUUUAAAACCCAAAUUUGACCCAAUUCUUGAACUCAAAAUAGAAGGUCUGUGCACAAAGUAAUGCUACUAAACACAAAAUUUCAUCACAAAUAUUUAAUG